CCGCCUUGUUGUUAGGCAGGUUGUCAGGGGCAGCGCACCAGCCAGAUAAGCUAGCUAACACAGGAUUAAGGGACCUUAAUGAAUGAUGACACAUUUAUUUAUCAAAGAAAACGACUGUUUCCAUACCUGCUUUUUCACUCGGAGCCGCCCUGUUUCUUUGGGUAAAAGCAGCAGAAACGACAGCGUAGGUUUUUAUCGAAACAGCCACAUAUUUGCUAACUAACUAGCUAGGUUUUUUAACGCCAGACAGCUAGCUAAUGCUAUCAAACAGACGCAACCUUACCUUGUGAAGAGACAGGCUAUCUCCAGGUUUCUCCAUUGCGCUCGUUUGCAAACAUGGAAGACGCUCAGGGAAAUUUGAUGGAGCAGGAAGAAUACAACGACAGCGACAAACCUCCAUCAUAUCUCAAAGAGCCUAUUCGCUCCACUCGACUGCACAUCCAGAGGAGUAAUGUCUGCUCUCGGGCUUAUUUCGUGGUGGUCAUGGUCUUUUUUCAUGUGUACAUCCUGAAUGUUAUCGGCCUGCUGCUGUAUGUGCACUACAACAAUGGCCCCAGGGAUCUUGCGGGUGGAGACGGGGCCACCUCAGCAUCAGUCAGCGAGAGCGGGGCCCCUUUGCCCCAUCCUGCCCCAGAUUCAACAGAGCUGCAUGUGGAGGACUUCAGUCAAAGUUUCAGUCUACCUCGCAUUGAGGGGAUACGGGUGGGUCAUGUUCAGCAGGUGUCCCUCCUGCCAGACAGAACACAUGAGAUGAGGACAAUGAGCCUGAAACCUCUCCUAUUUGAGAUCCCUGGCUUCCUGUCAGAGGAGGAGUGCCGUGUGGUGGUGCAGCUGGCUCAGCUCAAGGGUCUGAUGGAGAGCCAGACGACAGCAUACAGCCAGGGACAAGAGGAGUCCACCCAGCCACUACUUUCUCUCAGCACAGAGGAGGUCUUCAGUCUGUUGGACCUGAACCAGGAUGGGCUGCUGCAGAAGCAGGAGAUUGUGAGUCACUCGCGCUCUCAGGACGGAACUUGGUUGAACCCAGACAACUUGCGGCAGAUACUCACCGGUUUGGAAGCCUGCCCAACAGGGAUGCUGACUUUGGAGGACUUCAGACAUGUUUAUGAUGUGUCCCAGCGCCCAGGACAACAGCGAAGUGGGAAGAUCCGGAGUCAGUUCAAACAGAGAAACAAACAUACGUGGCUUUACCAAGGCCCAGGAUCUCACCACGUGCUGCAGACCAUCAGGAACAGGGUAAUCAGCCUGACACGUCUGCCUUCUGCAUUGGUUGAGCUGAGUGAGCCGCUGCAGGUGAUUCGUUAUGAGCUCGGAGACUUCAGUAACGCCCACCAUGAUAGCAGCCCUUCCCAUUUAGAGACUACCUGCGCACACACACGACUGGCGGGAAACGCAUCUGCCCUCACAGAGGUCUCAUGCAGGUAUCUUACCGUGUUGUUCUACCUCAGCUCUGUAGAAGAAGGUGGCGAGACUACCUUUCCUGUGGCAGACAACCGUACCUACGAAGAGCAGGCACUGGUACAGGAUGGAGUUGAUUUGACAGACACCCAGGAGACAUGUGGCAGAGGGAACAUGAGAAUAAAACCUACCGCCGGGACAGCUCUCCUCUGGUACAACCAUCUCUCCGAUGGCAGAGGUUGGAUGGGUGAGCUAGAUGAGUAUUCCCUGCACGGUGACUGCCCAGUCAGGCGCGGACUGAAGUGGAUGGCCAACAGCUGGGUAAAUGUGGACCCAGACCAUCAUCAGCAGGCCCGCUACCAGAGACUAGUUGCUCAGAGGCAUCGAGCUAAGUCGAGCAUGGAUGAGCAUUACCAACCUUUCUCACACAGUGACCUCCACCAGGAUCUAUAGCCUGGUCUUUUUGACGAUGAGACAAGGCGAUUUUAAAAAAACAGAGUCAGUUUUGCAUCUAUGAAGCCAGUGAGGCCUGCCGAACCUUUUCAUAAUGUCAGAUGCUGUAGUUGAGACGAAAAUUGCACAAAAUAGCUUCCCAGAUAUCUUCUCCUUUCUGUAAAGGUGUUUUCACAUACAGUCCGUCUUUAACAAACCACACUCCCCCUCUUAAAGUGGACCAAAAAGUGGACGGACAGAAAAGGGAAUCAGUUCUUUUUGCGUUCACAUUUUGAGUUCAUUUAAAAGAGGAUUUAGUUUUCUGUCUGGUCAACUUCCACUCUGUCUUGGUCUACUUUCUGUUCACACUACAGCUCCUUUGAAACUCAGACCUUUUCCUGCUUUGGUUAUAUAUAUGUAGUAAUAAUAAUUUUAGUUAUAUUGAGAGAGACAGAGACAGAGGUGGUAAAUCGCAUUUACAGUGCAGUUAUGAAGCCUUUCACUUUCAUACGAACUGAAAGUUGUAAGAAAACCUCAGCGUCUCUGUGCCUUACAGUUGCCGUUUGAGGUGUCCUUCGUUCCAUACCUGGAGUAGUGCAGUAGUUUCUUCCGCCGACCAAACCGCUCCUCAUCCCCCUCCUUGCUCGCCUUGCCAACCGACAUUAUUCAUUCAUCUUGUCUGUUUUUUUAAGCAUCCCAGUGCAAUAGCAUGUGAUCUAGAGGGCUAAAAUACAAUGGCAAAGGGCAAAGCAAACCUGGAGCGCUUUGUGUUUACAAACGCGUAGGAUCAGUGAACUUCAACGCGGACUUGAAGUGAACCGUACUCAGACCACUUUUUGUUUUUGUGUUUGCAUAUGCGCAAAAAAAUGCUGACUCAUCACUCUGGGUCCGCUUGGAAGGCAGGGACAAAUGUGAAAACACCCAAAAUUUCUCUCACUUUUAUAUCAUGUCUCUCAAGCCACUGUUUGGAUAUGACUGAAUUAUAUUUAUGACAAAAAUAACAAAUACAUGAAUUAAACAGAGUGACUGCCAUCCUCUAUUUAAUCGCGCCUUAAAUAAACUAUCACAUAUUCCGAAUAAGAGAUUUUAUAUAUAUAGAGAGAGAGGGGAAGAGGGUAGACGCAGAUGCAGUCAUGUCUAAAAGAUAAGUCUGCUUAACUGCCUUCCAUUUAGGUUGAUAGGCAGCUGUCCCCAUUGCAGGUUAGUGUUAUUUAUUGUUAUAUAAUUAAAGCUUUUGUUACAAGCCAUAUUACAAUAUUAAUCUGUGAAUGUGUUCCUAAGGGAAAUCUGUGUGAGAUCAUUUAUGUCUGUUCUGUUCUUCAGAGUUAAUGAGCUUUUAUCAGAAAAUGUUUAUUUAAUGAGGGUUUUGCAACAUCUAAUGCAAGUGCAGCGCUGUUUGUGACUGGACGAAACGAUAGCUUGUCACGCUGGCUGUGGGAGGCCAGUUCUUCAGGUGUAAUUUAAACUUCAGUCUUUGAUAUUCCAAACUUCUGUCUUUCUUAUCCUCACACCUCAAAAAUGUUUGUCUGAGAGUAUUUAUUUGAGUGUUAUUUAUUACCGCCAUUUGGUGAUUUAAGUUAAAGGUAUGGAUAUUUAUUACAGCUUGAUGUUGCACUGAAUCUGACAUUGUACUUUGUUGUAUUUGUUCUGUUAUGAAAUAUAUAAAGCUGUGUUUUACUAA